AUGGUAGAAAACAAAGGUAGAUUUGGUAGGUACCCUUGUCUCAAUUCUGACUCCACAAAUUUUCGUUGGGUCACCGAACCCACUAGACCCAAACUUCACUGCAUCACAAUUCACAACCACGGUGUUCCACCAUUCCAUCCCAAUAUCCCAAUAUCUCAAAUCAAAAAUCUCAUUUUCCUAAUCAACGACACACUUCACACUCUCUCUCUAACUUCAUCUUUCUUUCCCAAAGCAUUUCCUCUUCUGUUACCAGUCGGUGUUCGAUCGAAGAUGGGAGGGUCUGGAUCCGGAUCUGGUGCCGCUGAUUUUCUUAUGGUGCUUAUCAGAAACAUUGAUGUUCUUGCUGGGCCUGUGGUUAGUCUUGUUUAUCCUCUAUAUGCUUCGGUUAGGGCAAUUGAGAGUAAGUCUCCCGUGGAUGAUCAGCAAUGGCUAACUUAUUGGGUUCUCUAUUCCAUGAUCACUCUUUUUGAACUUACUUUUGCCAAAAUUCUUGAAUGGAUUCCUAUAUGGCCAUAUGCAAAGCUGAUUCUAACCUGCUGGAAAAAGGACGUCUUCUCUAAGCCAGAUGACAUUAUAACUGCUGCAGAGAAGUACAUCAAAGAGAAUGGAACAGAGGCAUUUGAGAAUCUGAUCCAUAGGGCUGAUAAAUCACAAUGGGGAGGUAGUCACCAUACAAAAUCACAGUGGGAUGAUAGUCACCAUACAAUGUAUGACGAGCAUUAUUGA